GAUUUCCUUCUAUGAUUAUUCAUUUAUUAUCCUCGCUUAUCAUUCAGACUUGUUUCUAGCAGGUGGGCUCCGGAGAAGUGGGUCAAAACUGGUUGGAGUUGCUGAGUUGAGUGUCUCACUUGGUGUUUGUUUCAGUAGAAGUUUAAUAGGCAUAUUAGAAUAUUGAUUAAGGGGCAUAUCAGCAAGAAAAGUAGCUUUCAGUGGUCAGUGUUGGAUGUCAAAGAAUAUCAGUAGGAGUAGUGCUUGCUGGUUUACAGAGCACUUCCCAAUCUACAUUUUUAUCUCUUCAGACAACCCAAUUGUUGGAGUUAACCCCUUCUCUGAAAAUUUAAAAAAUAUUCCUUCUUUUUUUUUUUCUUCUUCUCUGAAAGGAAUUCAAGGAAACAGUGUCUUUUUCUCUCCCCAGGCACACCCAUAUUAUUCUAAUCUACAGCUCCAAUUCCAACCACCAUCCUCGUUUCAAAUACCAUUCUCUGUAUCCGUUUGUGGUGUUUCGUGUUUGCUCUUCGUGUGUCUCCAUUGGUGGUACUUGAAUUGCCCUCCCCACUCUCAUAAAAACAGUGUCUUAUCCUUUCUGAGAAUUUAUUUAGUUGCUUCUCCUUUUUGUUUUUUUUUUUUAGUUUUUGAAAGUGGGGAGAGUGUGAAUUCAUCUGGUUCAUCUUUGUUUCUCUCGCAACCUGAUUGGAAUAUGGGUUUUUCGUGGUUUUGAGGGAGCUCAUCAUGGAUCUGGAACGAGUAAACCGAAACGGUCGGACCAAGAGGGAAUCAUGGAGGACAGUGCUGACCCUGGCUUAUCAGAGCUUGGGUGUUGUUUAUGGAGAUUUAAGCACUUCUCCUCUCUAUGUGUACAAAAGCACUUUUGCAGAGGAUAUUCAUCAUUCAGAGACAAAUGAGGAGAUUUAUGGGGUGUUGUCUUUCGUAUUCUGGACAUUAACAUUGAUACCACUCCUCAAAUAUGUGUUUAUUGUGCUCAGAGCAGAUGAUAAUGGUGAAGGUGGGACUUUUGCUUUGUAUUCAUUGCUCUGCCGGCAUGCCCGGGUGAACUCAAUACCCAAUUGCCAGCUUGCUGAUGAGGAACUGUCCGAAUACACAAGGGACGGUUUUGUAUUGCUCGAUAAAAAUUCUGGUUCAAGCCUGAAAUCGACAUUGGAGAAGUAUAGAGUGUUGCAGAGGGUAUUGCUUGUUCUGGCUUUGAUUGGGACUUGUAUGGUUAUCGGGGAUGGAGUCCUCACACCUUCAAUUUCUGUUUUUUCGGCAGUGUCGGGUUUGGAGCUUUCAAUGUCAAAAGAGCAUCACCUAUAUGUACAAGUUCCAGUUGCUUGUAUAAUACUGGUAUUUCUGUUUGCUCUCCAACAUUAUGGGACUCACAGAGUAGGCUUCCUGUUUGCGCCAAUUGUGAUAACAUGGCUUUUAUGCAUCAGUGCAAUUGGUUUGUACAACAUCUUCCACUGGAAUCCCUGUGUUUAUCAAGCUCUCUCCCCAUACUACAUGUACAAAUUUUUGAAGAAGACCCAAAGGGGAGGUUGGAUGUCAUUGGGUGGAAUUCUCUUAUGCAUAACAGGUUCAGAAGCUAUGUUUGCAGAUCUUGGACACUUUUCCCAGUUGUCAAUCCAGAUUGCUUUCACGUUUGUGGUUUAUCCAUCCUUGAUCCUCGCAUAUAUGGGACAAGCUGCUUAUCUUUCCAAGCAUCAUACUAUUGAAAGCGACUACCAUAUUGGGUUCUAUGUAUCUGUGCCUGAGAAACUAAGAUGGCCUGUUCUGGGAAUAGCGAUACUUGCUGCAGUAGUAGGAAGUCAAGCCAUCAUCACAGGGACGUUCUCGAUCAUCAAACAAUGUUCUGCUUUGGGUUGUUUCCCGAGGGUCAAAAUAGUCCAUACGUCAUCUAAAAUACAUGGCCAGAUUUACAUUCCAGAAAUCAAUUGGACGUUAAUGUUAUUAUGUUUGGCCAUCACUGUUGGUUUUAGAGACACAAAACGCUUGGGCAAUGCAUCAGGUUUGGCAGUUAUAACUGUGAUGCUGGUAACCACCUGCCUAAUGUCCCUAGUUAUAGUCCUCUGCUGGCACAAAAGUGUCAUCCUAGCUAUUUGCUUUAUAUUCUUCUUUGGCUCCAUUGAAGCGCUCUACUUCUCAGCUUCUCUCAUCAAGUUCCUUGAAGGGGCUUGGGUUCCCAUUGCCCUCUCGUUCAUCUUCCUAAUGGUUAUGUAUGUUUGGCACUAUGGCACACUCAAGAAAUAUGAGUUUGAUGUUCAAAGUAAGGUAUCUAUUAACUGGCUGCUUGGCUUGGGUCCUACCCUAGGAAUUGUGCGGGUGAGGGGCAUUGGUCUCAUACACACUGAGCUUGUAUCUGGGAUCCCAGCUAUUUUCUCCCACUUUGUCACAAACCUCCCAGCUUUCCAUCAGGUUUUGGUCUUCCUUUGCAUUAAAUCUGUUCCAGUGCCUCAUGUGAAACCUGAGGAGAGGUUCCUUGUGGGAAGAGUUGGGCCAAAGGAAUACCGACUCUAUAGGUGCAUUGCAAGAUAUGGUUAUCGUGAUGUUCACAAGGAUGAUGUGGAGUUUGAAAAAGAUCUUGUUUGUAGUAUUGCAGAAUUCAUCCGGUCAGAAGGGCCUGAAUAUGAUACACCACUUGUCCAAAAAGAAGAAUUUGGCACAGGAAUUGAAGGCCUGGAAAAGAAUGAAAGAAUGACUGUUGUUGGAACUUCUUCAACACAAUUAGAUGGUAUAAAACUGCGUGAAGAAUCAGACUUGUCUGAUACAGUGGGCACUUCAGAGCUGAGGGAAAUAAGGUCCCCAGAGAGGCCGAGGAAGAGAGUGAGAUUCGUUUUGCCAGAUAGUCCACAGAUUGAUAGAGCCGCACGGGAGGAGCUGCAUGAACUGAUGGAAGCCAGGGAGGCAGGGAUGGCGUUUAUACUGGGGCAUGCAUAUGUGAGGGCGAAGAGGGGAUCAAGUUUGAUAAAGAGAAUUGUAAUUGAUAUCGGAUAUGAUUUCUUGAGGAGGAACUCUAGAGGCCCAAAUUAUGCGCUAAGCAUUCCUCAUGCAUCUACUCUGGAGGUGGGGAUGAUCUACCAUGUUUGAUUUUGAUUAUAGAGUAUAGUAGUGUAUUCAAUGAUUUUCUGAGUCAUUGUAUAUGAUAGUUUAAAAGCUUUUUUCAAAAUGCCAUCUUAUAAGGGUUCCAAGCAGUUGGUCCAAGAUUUGAUUUCUUUGGAAAAUAUUAAGACUAGUGAAAGAAACUCUUGUAACUCCUGCACUGUCAUAGUCAUGCCCAAGCAGUCUGAUCAUAGCGAUUUACUUAUUGAGAACUUCCAAUUUUGUUAAAAAUAUGGCUAUUAGGCCUAUACAAAAGUUUACCAGAAUGAAGAAUGCUUUCUCUGAA